AUGGAUUUUCCGGAAGAUCGUCUAGAACUCUUCCUGCCGUUGCUGACGACGCACGGCAACCCGGAAGUCCGGCUGCGGACGUUGCGCGUACUGCUGUCCGCUGUGACGCAGGAAUCCACCGCGGUCCACACUGACGGCCCCCGGGCCCCGGAUGCCAUCGAGGCCGCGGCGGCCGCACGUCGCAUGGCCGGCCAGCGCAUUGGCACUAACACCCUCCCGGGCGGCCUGCUGGACGACCGGCCGGCUGACUCUCAAAAGCUCUCACACAGCUCCUUCCUCGGUGCGGCCGAGGCCGCCCUGCGCCAGGCUCCUGACAAUGACCAAAUCACCGCCACAGUGACCAUCCCCCAUGCUUUGGUCCAGCUCCUGCCGCGCAUGGUGGACCUAGCCUGUGUGGCUGGUCUCCCGGCUGGUUCCGGGACCGAGGUCGGCUCCUGUGCGCUGCCAACCGAACUAGACCCCCUGGUUGAGGUCCUGCAACGUGUCGUCGCGACUUGCGGCACCACCGAUGACAAUGCCUUGCGCUUCCGCGUGUAUGACAUCUGCGCGGAGCUCUUGCGCCUGCCGGCCGGGGGGCCUCUUUUCGAGGAGAGCUCCGGUCGGGAGCCCAGCACCGCGAGCCCAUGGCUCCGUCUGUGCCCGCCGCCGCAGGCCAUCGCCCCCGCGGCCCUGGCUCCGCCGGCCCUGCUCAUGGCCGACCCGCUGGAGUACCUGUGUGUCCUUCGGUGGUGCGCGGAUCUGCUGCCGGGCUCCAACCAGGAGGAAGCCCCGGGGCAGGGUGCGGCGGCUGCCUCCAGCGCGCCGUAUCUCCCCUGGCCGGAGCGCCACCGCCGAGCCAGCGCCUUUCUCCUGCGCCGAGGCUACGUCGCGGCCCUGCUGUCGGCCCUGCGCCUGCUUCAGGGGUUCUGCCUGGCACGCAGUCAGCAUGGGCCGCAGCCCGGGCCCGGUCAGCUGGCCGUCCUGACGGCCGGUUUGCCGGAAGGCACCAUCCGCGAGCUGGAUGCCUGUCCCAUGGUGGAGGAGUGCAUUGGGCAGCUGUAUGCCAGCCUGGCCGGGCUGAGUGUGCCUGUGUGGCAGGACUUCGCCUCCCGGGCCCUGGAUGCGGAGUCCGACAUGGAGAUUGACGGCCAGGCCUCGGAGGUCCCCACCUGGGGGGACUUCCUGCGACUGGGUCUGCAAGUGUUGCAAGCGGCCACGAGGGCUCUUCAAGGAGCGGUGGCCUUUGCCGAAGGCCGGGCCCUGCCUGCUGGGACUCCCCGGCAUCCGGUCCCGGCACCGGUCAUCAGCGCAGCCCUGCAGGGGCUGACGCUGGUCGGGUGGCACGCGCCGGAGACCCUGCUGACCGCCACGGCCGGGGAAGCCUCCCUCCAGGAGUGUCUGGCCUCCUUGCUCGGGGCCUUGGCCAUGGCAGCCCCGGUGCGCGGCCGGCCUUCCUCGAUGAACAUCAGCCGCGAGGAGGUGUUCGAACUGCUGGCCAUGCUGAUCCGGGACCCGGGCACCCGGCCUGGCGACCGGCCCCUCGGCCCGAUGGCCAGCCAAAGCUCGGAUCCCCGGCGUGCCCUUUGGACAUGCCUGGCCGAUGCGGUGGCUCCCAGUGACUUGGUGAUGUUCCUGCUUCGCGUGGCGGCCAUCGCCCCGAAGGCCGGGGCGGUGGCUUCUUCCGAUCGCCCGGACGCCCGGCCCCCGCUGGGUGAUGAGGCCGAGACCGGUGUCCAGGCUCGUUUGGCGGCAUUGCAUGUCCUGGCCGCGGCCCUUGACUGGCCUUGGGGCGUGGAGAGUCUGCUCAACCAGCCUCAGGCGGUGGAGUUCCUCCUGGAGCCGGCGGACUUUGAUGCAUCCACCUCGUUUGCGAUCUACCGCGUUCGCUCGGCAAUUCUCCGUGCCCUGGUCAAUGACCGUGGCGGCCCGGACGAUAACAGCCCCGCGGCUCGGCGCCGACGUGAGCUCAUCAACUCCAUUCGCGAGGUGAUUGUCAGUUUCCUGGCACAGCCUUUUGUCGCCCAUUCGGCAACCCAAGCUUCGGCCCCCACGUAUGCCAUGGACUUUGCCGAUUGA